AUGUCUGACGAUCAUACAAAUUUAACAGAAGAGGAUGAUAUUUCUGUUGAUGCAAUAGGUCUUCCAGCUAUGCCAGAAACUGGAAAUGGAACACAGUCACAAAGUAUUGAACUAUUGCGUGAAGAUAAGAGAAGCCGUUCUUUAGGAACACAUCCACAGGGUCUGAAAAAAGACGACGGCCGAAACAUGUCAGCUGAUAUGCAAGAAUAUGAAUCGUUUCUUUCCGGCGCAUCCGAUGUUUCUCAGUGCGAGAUGACCUUCUCCACAAAUUCGUGUUCAAACGAAAACAGUUUAUUGGAUAGCCAACUGCCUGUCAGAGAAUUGAAGAACUGGGCGUUUAAUAAUUUACUUUGUAAAAUUUCUGACAGCAUAUCUGCUGAAGAUUUUGAAAAACUGAAACUUUCUUUUGAAGAUGAGCUUGGAAAUGCCAGAGCUGUUGAUGAUAUUACUUCAACACCGAAGUUGCUUAGUUCUUUGAAACGCCGACACCUGCUUAGUUCCGAUAAUCUUAUCUAUUUGCAAGCCGCUUUGUUUAAUUUGCGCAACAUGGAGCUGGUGAGGCUUUGCGCAGAAUACACUCGGGAGGAAAGAGAUGUCUUUCAUUUUUACACAUGCACUGAAGAAGGAGAUCUAGGAUCACAACAGACUUUGAUCAAAGUCCAUGUCAAGGGCUUCGACAGGCUUUCCCUAAUCCAACUGGAUACGAUUAAACUCAGGAUAUCUAGACUGAUAUUUCUCCCAAUGGAACACAUACGUCUCGUCUGCAUUCAAAAAUCAUCGAGUUUUAUACUCGUAUUUCAAUUGCCAAAGGAAUAUGCUUCCUACUUAAAAGAUUUGUUCGAGGAAGAUAUCACUCUUUUCAACCAAAUUUCUGGUUAUGGCAUCGACAGCAUCCUUGUUGAAGGUGUUACUUAUCGACCCAAAGACCAUGUCUACAAGGAAACCGGAACAUGCGAAAAUUUUCAAAAGCAGACACAUGCAUUACCUGUGAGCACCUCCCAGAUUUCGGAAACUAGCACUUUUGAGCAACAACAAUUGCAGACCGGAAAUGCUGAAAACGUUCAAAAGAAGAAAACGUUUGGUUCCUGUCAGAAUUUGAUAUCGAAAACAAUGACGAGCAUUUAAACGAAGACAUUCGAAGGUAGUCAAUAGGAUAUUGAAGCAUUCAAUCAACAAAACAUUGAACCAAAGCAUUCGGAGAAAAACGAAGAGUGAUCUAGUUUGAACUCAGUCAAAGGGUAAUAACGAUAGACAUCGUGUCAUGUGGUAAAGUUCAUGUGAGAUGACCUUUUAUGGACAUUUACCAUCUUUAUGAAGAAUAUUUAGACAUAGCUCCCUGUCCCUUAUUGAUAUAUCUGCAAAGCAUUGUUACAUGCAACUGUGUUAAUACACAAUUUCCGCCAUUCACUUACAAUAUUUUGUUUCAAAAAAUAGUCUACAGAGUUGAUGAGUCGGUUUGUAAAGAUAGUUUUUAACUUGUUCAUAAUAAUUGUAAACACUUCCUUUCAAGUUCCAAACGUCCUUUAGAUGUACUAUGUACUCUUUGUGUUAUUUCAGAAACAGUUGAGCAUUUAUCGGCACAAUGCAAAUGUAUUCUAACCCUGAUAAGUGUUUGUUUGUAUUUGAAUUUUUGAUUUCAGAUGAUAAUUACUCUUUAAGCAACAAAGUGUCAUUUUUUAGAGAAAACUUUUUUAUGUAUUAAAUAGUAUGUAAUUUACGUUUUAUUCAUUUGUUAUAUGAAUCAUGUUAUAUAAUUUGGUUUUUCAUGAAAGAGGUCA